AUGCACGACUGUGUCUUUCUCAGAUUGGAGAACCGUCUUUUCCACCAACUGUGCAAUCUGCGCAAUGCACAAUGCAUCAUCAACAGAAAAGCUCGAUUCUUCAAAGGUCAACCCGCGUUGGUCGACCCGAAACUCCCGGGCAUGCUUCUCACACAGAAGCAUAUACGCGGUGCAUGUUUCCCCUUCAUUCGAGCAUACUAUCAAACCUGGGGUCUUAUGAAAGUGGAUGCGGCCGAAGUCGAGAAGAGACUCGGGUCGAUGACCAUGAAACCGCCCGGCACACGCCGCAAGCCCAGAUUUGAGGUUGGAGCAGAAGCGUCUGUGGGAUGA